AUGCACACCUCUACCACCAGUACUGUGCCUUUGGAGCCAUGGUCAGCAGCACAACUUGCUGAAGCAACUCAAGGCAGUAGUGGCAAGACCACCACCAAAGAGAUGUUGGGGAGUAUUCUUUCACGUUUAGCCCCGACCUUGAUUACACGUGGCAAUUUAAAUAAUGAUCUUGGUGUGCCAAUGAUGCUAUUGGAGCUGCGUUCAGAGCAUCAAUAUGCGGUGAUGGAGCUUGGUGCAAGCCAUCAAGGUGAAAUUGAUUACACCUCAAAUCUUGUACAGCCACAUGUUGCUGGCGAAUUUGGUGGACGUGAUGGAAUUUGCCGUGCCAAAUCUGAAAUUUACCGUCAUAUUGAUCAAGCUGGAACAGCAAUUGUUCCUGCUCAGGAUGAUUUUACCGAUACGAUUCGCCAAGUGGUAGACACUGAGCAAGUGUUAAGUUUUGGUCAGGGUGGCGAAGUCUUUGCGACAGAUGUUCAGUUACACGCACAGUCUGCAAUCUUUACCCUUAAUACGCCUCAAGGUGCAAGAACCGUCAAUCUUCCUUUUGCAGGUGAACAUAAUGUCCAUAAUGCAGAAGCAGCGGCAGCAUUUGCCUUAGCGAUUGGUGUUGGUUUAGACGAUAUUAUGAUCGGCUUGGAAUCGGCACAAGGUGCAAAAGGGCGUUUGAAUUUUAUUCAUAAGCACAAGCAUUUAUUUAUUGAUGAUACCUAUAAUGCCAACCCGACUUCAAUGCGUGCAGCAGCUGAAGUACUUGCGCAACAGCAAGGGAUCAAAGUGAUGGUGAUUGGCGAUAUUGGUGAACUGGGCGAUACUGCUGCGCAGCAACACUAUAUGUUGGGUCGUGAUCUGGUGAGUUUGCUCCUGCUACACAAGAAGGUGCGCGAAGCACUCAAUAUGUCCAUGAGUUUCCUGUUUAAAGGUUCUCGCUAUACCCAUAUGGAAACGUUGAUGGCUGAUUUGAUGGAGAAAGUUUAA